ACCCUCACCGGGCACUCGGGCAAGGUGAUGGCUGCGAAGUUCCUGGGCGAGCCCACCAAGGUGGUCACGGGCAGCCACGACCGGACGCUCAAGAUCUGGGACCUGCGCAGCAAGGCCUGUGUGGAGACGAAAUUCGCCGGCUCCAUCUGCAACGACCUGGUGACGUGGGACGGCUCGGGCGCGACUAUCAUCAGCGGCCACUUCGACCAGAGGCUGCGCUUCUGGGACGCGCGCACCGAGUGCGGCUCCAACGGCGUCCUGCUGCAGGGGAAGGUCACCUCGCUGGACAUCUCCAAGGAUGGCAAGUACCUGCUGGCCUGCACGCGGGAUGACAGCCUCAAGCUGCUGGACCUGCGAAUGAACCAGGUGGUCACAACGUUCACGGCGGAGAACUUCCGCGUGGUGUGCGACUGGGCGCGCGCCGCCUUCAGCGCCGACGGGCGGCACGUGGCGGCCGGCUCCGCGGACGGCUCGCUGCUCGUCUGGGCCGUCGCCACCGGCAAGCUGGAGCACACGCUGCAGGAGCACGGGUCGAACGGCGUAACAGCAGUGUCGUUCCACCCGCACGGCUCAUUCAUGGCGAGCGUUGACAAGAAGCGCAAGGCCGUAAUUUGGACGGACUUGUGAGAGCGCACAAUCAAAGGAGGUCGACCGAUCGCGAGGGCGACUUUGCCGCCGACUGCUUCCACGGUCGGAGGGACGCCUGUCAACACACUUCGCAGCUUCGUUCUCGUGUCUUUGAUCUGCACGAAUUUUUAAGUUUUCAUAUACCAUCUAUCGUGCUCAGUCUAUGAACGACGCUUGGACUUUUCUUGUUAUAAAAUCUUUCUGUGCUGCGUCUGCUUCGCAUGAACACCUCUUAUUUAAAAAUUUUGAUGAACUAGAUGGAGACUUCGCCGUUUCUUAGCACUGCCAUUUGCCACAUAUUACUUUUGCAGGCAUCAUCUUAACAUUUCUCAGCAAGCGUCGUGUGAUAUAUCGUUGGCGUGUCGUUCAAGAGUACGUAUUUUGACCGUUAUCAACUAAUAAACAACUUCGUUUCGUGUAUUAUGCCUUUAUUUUAACGAAUAUUUCCGACUUGUCGGUCCCUACUUUCCGAAUCCUCUUCAGUGGCGAAGCUUUUACAGAUUCCUCGUAAAUCUUGGUUUAGCAACUUGUGGAGUUCGCGGAAGUAGACCGUAGUGAUCAUCAAACACCACAUUUGGGCCGUACGUAAUUCCAACCCAAUGGGUCUAAUGGUCUUGCGGCCUUCACGGCUGCUACUUUACGGCGACGCUUCAUUCCUGUGCCUCGCAGUGUUCACUUCUCGGCCUCCAAGUUGUAAGGCGUUAUAUGUUGUGCUGGCGCUCUAGUUGCAGAACGAUCGCUUUGAUUAUCAGACUGCUUUUGUGGAGACUACUGUAGUUGUGAAAAAUCGUAGGAAGAACAUAGAAUUUAGCCGCAAAGUCGAUUUUUUAAAAUUUAAAUGUUGUGUUAUUGUGGGCCUUUAUUUUAAACGUUUUUGUGAGAUGAUGUCGUGUACCGUUCCUCCAAAGAUGUUUUUAUUUUUAUUUUAUGUUUCAAAUUCAGCUGUAAUGGGCUUGUGAGUUAGUUGUCAGUUACGCUUAUUUUGAUUAAGUCGAAAGUGUUGCACGUAAUAACUGGAAAUACGCGUUCGGCAAGGAAACACUUUACUGAUGUGACUGGUCCAAAUGGUGAGCUGGGAAAAUGUUUCUACUUGCUCUGCCAACAAUGUGGAAUAUAAUCAAGACAUGCUUAUCCAUACACUAAAGUUUAACAAAACUCUAACCUUUUACUCACAAAGCAGAGUUUGAUCGCGUUCAUUGCAUAACCUGGCUUGUUCCUCUUCUUCUUCUUCUUCUUCUUCUUCUUCUAUUCUUAUCACAAACGUCUUAUUCUCUUCCUUCAAAAUGCAGUAAAUCAUUGACAAUAGUUUUUUGUUACCAAAGUUAUUGCAUGCACCUUCUUCUGUUUUCAACAUAACAUCACAAACAGAAAUAUGUAAAUAUUUUUAUUUUUUUUGGGAACUUGUUUAGUAUGUAAGAAAAUACACGUUUUUUGUACUGUUCACUAAACAGUACAAGAUUGCCUACACUAAGAUGGCUUUCAUGAUACUAUAAUACGACUGUAAAAGUGGAAUUCUGAUGCUUUGCCAUUUAUGAAUACUCAUGGCCGAAAGACAGCAUAUAAGAUGCUAUGAAAUUAAGUAUAAACAUAUUUUCUUGUUCUUAAGGAAAUAAUGAAGGAUAACAAAAGUAUUGUGUUGCCUUAUUAGUUGAUGUAUGCAUGUGGUGUGGGUAAAAUUACAUUAUAUCUGGAAACUAGAAAUAUAUUUGUACACAUCAAUACUGAGAAGUACCAAAAUUGGAGUCAUAUGCGAUAAUUUUAUGUGUUAAUACUUUGUAAUGAAUAUCAUGUAUGAUUUAAUGAACUGAAUUCUUACCGGUAAUUGUUUAAUUCGUUAUUUUAUCAUGAAUUCAUUGUUAUAUUU